UCCACUGGCAAGAAUGAAUGGAAAGUCUGUCGCGCCUCACAGCGCCAGGGCGAGUCCCAGGCGCUUCAAAGAUCCCUGCCGAACCUAGCUUUUCGGGCCCUGCCCUCCCCAGCCAGUCUGUCCCCCUCUCCCAGACCCCGUCCCGCCCCCGCCCCCCGACCCCGGGGUCCCGCGGGGGGGGUGGGGGGGGCAGGGCGGCCGGCUCUGGCCUCCCCGCUCCGGCGGCGGGAACGGGCGGCCCCGGGGGUGCUGGCUCUCGGGCGGGCGCCGGCCCCGGGCAUGCUCAGAGCGCGCAGGUCCGGGCGGCGGCGGCGACGGCGGCGGCGGCGGCGGCGGCGGGGGAGGAGGAGGGAGCGGUCGCCGCCGCCGCCGCCGCCGCCGCCGCCGCCGUGCGCUCGCGGGCCCGGGCGGAGCUGCGCAGUCCUCUCGCAGCUGCGCCAGGACAGCCGGCGCGCCGCCGUGCCCACAAGUUGCCGGCAGCGGAGCGCGGCGCCGCCUCCUCUGCUCGCGGCCCCCCUGCGCCCACCCCGCGGCGGCGGCCGGCUCCGGGACGAACGCCCCCGCGGACGCCGACCCCAGAUGUAAAGCGGGGCCGCAGCCCCUCGCCCCCCGCCCCCCGCCCCCCACCCCCUGCCCCCGGCGCGAUCGAGAGUCUCGCCGGCGUCUCCUCGGCCAAACCCCGGGCUGGAAGAUGUGGCAGCCGGCCACCGAGCGCCUGCAGGCCAGGAGAGGAGGAGAGCAGGAGAAAGACGAAUGGAGACGGAGCUCGAAACAAAGGAGGCCAACAGAUCCUUGCCUGUGGUGGAGUUAUUACAAGGACAGAGUGGAAUGUGAUAGUAGGAAUGUUUGAGAAGCAAGUUCCGGCAAAUUCUAAGUGUGGAGUCUGUGCGACUGUCUUCUCGUGAGGCGAUCCAUUAGGGUUCCAGUUUCCUCAUUUGCCUGUCUUCCCUGAGACUGAAAUUUCUCCAUGGCAGACCCAGGAAAUACGGAACUCCUGUCCGUAAAGCUCACUCUUGGCUUCUCAGCCUGGAUCAUUUUCUUCCUCUCACUGCUUUCCUUUUUACUCUCAUUUUGUCCAACGGCUGAGCAUUAGCGCCUUUAAAGCAGGGUGAAAUGAGGAAGGAUCGGAAGAAAACCAGAUCCUGCCCUCUUUUCGUUGCCGGUUAAACUUUGGGCUGGCAGAGAGGUUCAUGUAAAUAGAGCUUAAGUUUUAUUGGAGGUAAAACUUGGCAGAUUUUAGGAGGUAAGAUUAUGUUGCCCUUUCUCUGCCUUGCCUUAUCUGAUAGAUUUCACCUUCACUUGGACUGUAGAUUGUUCUAGACUUAUUUCUCUACUUCUCUCUUUUCAUCACUUCUCAGUGAUGGAAGAACUGUCUAGAACGUCAGCUGGAGAGCGUUAGGCCCAGGCCCGCCAGGCGGAGAGCAAACUUUGGCAAAUAUGACACUUUUCCGGGCAGACCACAUUGACGAAAGAUACACAGAGCAAGGAAGGAACUGGCAAUGGCUCGUUUUUAUGGAGCACGUGUUGUGCGUGUGGCACGGGGCUGGGGGUUUUAUUUGAAUCAUCUGCUUCAUUUGCCUUCCAUAGCCACUUUUAUCCCCAUUUUAUAGUUAAAAAACCGAAAUCCAAAGAGGUUAAACGACUUGGUCAGGGAAGGGUGGCUAGAAACGAGCUGAGCUGAAUUCCAACCAGGUGGUUUGGCUUCAGAGCAUGCUUCUUAACCACUUUUCUGUGGUACGAAUGGAUAAGACAAAGUAGGAUGCUUUAUUUUAUUUUUGUGAAUGCUUAUUUAUUUUUGAGAGAGAGAGAAAGAGCGCGAGCUGGGGAGGGCCAGACAGGGAGACACAGAAUCCCGAAGCAGGCUCCAGGCUCUGAGCUGUCAGCGCAGAGCCCAAAGCGGGGCUCGAACCCACGAACUGCGAGAUCAUGACCCGAGCCGAAGUCGGACGCUUAACCGACUGCGCCACCCAGCAGUUUGCUUUAGAUGUGCUGGUGCUGUUGUCUAUUAAUAAAUGGAAUUGCAACAGUGGCGGGGUGAGUGGCUCAGAGAGGCUGCUUUCAUAUCUCUUGCGGUGGCCUGGGCUGACCAGGGCUCCCCUCAUUUGGUGGCCCUCAUCUUGGGGGAAGUAAGCUGUUAUGUCGUACUUGAGCCGAGAUGCCCAGGUGCCAUUUAGAAGUCUCUUCAACUGGAACACAGGGCAUUUAUCUACACUGGAGACCUUGAGAGCUGGUCACCCAGCCUGAUCUUGUCUGAAGUCCUUCCACGUUUAGACCAAAAAUGGGGGGAAGGGAGGAAGGAGGUUGGGGAGUUCGGGAGCAUUUUCUUGGAAAUAAGGGAUAGCUGCUCUUAGCGAGGCACGGGUUUCUCACCAAGUUGGUUCUAGAUUUUGCGAUUCUUUUCACCCCUCUUAGAUGAGUUGAGUACAAAGCGUUGGGCUUCAUUGUUUUUAAGGAAACAUUGGAGUUGUUAAUCUGAGGUCUUUUAGGAGCAGAAUGUUAGCUUUACAUCAUUGGGUCUUUCUCUGGGUUUGUCAACAAACUGUCCCCCAAGUGACUUGCAAAAUGUCAGCCCUGGAAAAAACUCUCUGCCCCCUGGUUACCCAUUGCCUAAUUGGGCUGUUUCUUGUUGACUGUACUGGGUUAUCUGGGGCUGUUAGGCAACUUGCGCGUUUUGUUUGAUGUUCCAGAUUGGCUCUCUCCUCCCCGCUCCCUUUACACUGACUCCAUCCUACUAUGUGAAUUAGUCCUGUAGAUUGGAUCCUGGAAGAGUCCAUCCCGGACGGCCCCAAGGCGACUGGGGAUCAGGCUGCCUUCCACGGGGCUUUCCAAAAUAGCAAAUAGCGGCAAUUCAGGGAGUCGUUAGUGGUCAGCAAAUAAAACUAGUCCAGCAACACUCAGUGACACCACAGUGUGCUUCACUCGGCCCCCUUGGGCACAGAUCUGAACGCAGGCUUUGUUGAAGUAGGGCAAGAAGAAAUAGAUGAGGUCUUUGUCCAAAGACCUCCUUGGAGUCCAGUGGAAUUAGUUGCUAUCAUUUUAUGUUAAAAAAGAGUUUUGAUCCCAGUUUAGCUGCCAACCAGUGACACAGCAUCAGAGUAUUCACUAAGUCCGAACCCUCAGGCCAAGAACUGGAAAAGGACGGUCUCAGGAAUAAGGCACAGACUUGUUUCGCGACCUUGGGCCUAUUUCGGUGCUUCCAGAGUCUCAUGAAGCUGGCUCACCUAGUGCUUGUGUCACUGGGGUCCCUCACCUUGUUGAGGUCAUCUUCCCCAUGUCUGAUGGCCCAGAUCUCCUUCUUCUCCCCUCAGCUGUUGCCGCUGAAGUCUUAUUUUGAUAAGGGAGAUUCCAAUAGCGAGAAAAACACCACCUCCCUCUGCUUGUUGAAGCUUAUACACUAGUUGAGUCUUUUUUGUCAGGGUGAGCCCUAUAUCCAGUGACUGGUGUCCUUACAAGGAGAGAUUUGAAGGCACAGAGGAGGCAUAGGAGAGAAAGCUGUGUGAAGACGGGCGGAGAAUGGAGUUCUGCUGUCACAAGCCAAGGAUUGCUAAGGAUUCUGGCAGCCAUCAAAAGCUAGAAGAAUCAAGACUGUGUUCUUAGAACCUUUGCAGGAACCGUGACCCUGCCGCCAUCUUGAUUUGGGACUUCCAGCCUCCAGAAGCGUGAGAGAGUACAUUUCUAUUGUCUUAAGGCCCCCAAUCUAUAGUAAUUUGUUAUAGCAGCCAUCAUAAACUAAUACAGUGAUAACACCGUGUUGCUCUUGACCAUGUUCUCUGUAUUUCUGAAAAAGUCUAGGGAUGCCCGACUCUCAUAAACUGGGACGAAAUGAAUGUGUCUAUAUAGCAUGCUCUUUUUAUACCGAGUGUGUGACUUUAUUUGCGGUGGAUUCAAAGAAAAUGAAAACAGACGUUAUAAAACAACGAAAUUACUGCUUCUUCCUCCCUCGUCUGCUUCUGGUCAACAUCCUAGGAAAGGUGGCAAAGGGGGGCUGUGUUGCUAAAGGGAGCACCUCUGGAAAAUACAGUAAAUGUGCUUCAAGAGGUAGUUAACGUUGGUCAUUACAAUUAUGGGAUGUGAAAAGUAGUUGCUUUUAGGCGGAUCUCAGCGGUACUUUUCCAGGCAGGCGGAGACCAAGGGAAGGCUGGGGUUUUAUGCUCAAAACAGUCCAGAUCGUCAGAGUGUCUGCAGGGUCUCCAACAGGGACAAGUGUGGGUUGACUUUAGAGCCCCUCCGUCCGUGGCAGCCUCAGAUUAUUGUCUGGUUGAUUGUUUGCAUCCGGUUAGACAUUGUGGUUUGUUUUCGCUUUUCACUUGGUAAUUGUAAACAUUAUUAAAAAAAAAAAAAACAAAACGAACCUAUUUCGAUUGCGGAGCUCACUUUUAAGACAAAAAGUUGAGCGUCAUGAGGAGUCAUCAUGCUUGCUUUCCUGGGCUGGCUCCUCUUUAUUUUAUUUUAUUAAAGAAAAAGUUUUUUUUUUUUUUUCUUAAGUUUAUUUAUAUUGAGAGAGGGGGAGAGAGAGAAAGAGAGCAAGGGAGGGACAGAGAGAGAGGCAGGGAGAGAACCGCAAACAGGCUCUAUGCCACCGGCACAGAGCCCGAUGCAGGGCUCGAACUCACAAACUGUGAGAUCGUGACCUGAGACGGAACUAAAAAUAAGACACUUGACCGACUGAGCCGCCCAGGCGCUCCUGGCUCUUCUUUUCGAUGCAGCAGCUAUGGCAGCAGAGACACUUGCAAGCCCGCCGAGGGCAAGGAGCCUGGGUUAGAGCCUCUCCAGUUUUAAAAUGCUGUUUUCCCUUUCAUUCUGUUCCUCAGGAAGGAGUGAAUACUGCACGUGGGGAAGGGAGGGGAGAGGAGAGCUGCCGCUGAGAAAGAGCCUCCUUCGUUGUCAUCCUGAGAAUAGUCCCACCAGUCUUGAUCCCUUGUCCUGGUCCCUUGGAGACCCCAUCCCUGCCUCACAGCUUCUUUGUUAAUUGUGGGUCUGAGGAUAAACACACAGCUUCCGCGGGCUCGGGUGCCUUUCCAUCAGGAACCGGCUGGCACUUCCCAGGUGUGUGUGACACCCCCGUGUACAAGCCACCCAUGAUGUGGGAUAACGGAGACAGCCGUCCACACUCUGAGUCUCCUGUAGAUAUUCCCUGGGAACCGAGCUGCGGGCUGGGGGGCCACGGUGCCGACAGGUGGCUCUUCUGCGUUGGGCCUGAAAUUCUUGGUAGCCUAGUGCCUUAGUUUCCUAGCGCUGCCACAAGCUGGGCGUCCUAAGCAGCAGGCAUUUGUUGUUGUCUCACCCAUCUGGAGGCUGGGGGUCUAAAAUCAAGGGGUCGGCAGGUUUGGCUUCUUCCGAGGUGGAGAAUCUGUUCCAUGCCUCCCUCCUAGCUUCUGGUGGUUUUCUGGAAAUCUUAGAUGUCCCUUGGCUUGCUGGCAGGAUCCCCAGGUUGCACCUGGCGUUCUCCCUGUGUGUGUCCCUGUACCUAAAUUUCUGCUUUGCAGAAGGGCGCCAGCCACGUUAGAUCAGGGGCCCGCCCUUCUCUGGUCCAGCUCAUCUUAACCAAUUACAUCUGCAAUGCCUGUUUCUAAGGUCACAUUCUGAGGCGUGGGGGCUUAGGAUUGCAGCAUACGAAUCUUUGGAGAGGCACGAUUCAGCCCAUAACACCUACUCUCGAAUUUUCUUUUGAGUAUCCUCCGUGCACCAAUAUAUUUCUCCCUGCUUGAACCAACCAUGGGGGUGGGCGGGGGGGUGGGGAAGCAAUGAGAAUUUUUUUCCAGAUGGUGGUGCAGAUGUGAAAUGGAGUAGCAUACCUGCUAUACGUCAUGGCUACUGUUUUAUAUUAGGUUUGACUAAAAAAUUACAAAACAAUAUCUGCUUAGGGUAACAGGGUAACAAAUCAGACAGCUUAGAAAUGUGUUAAGUUAAUAAGCUUGUCCGUUUCUCUGUUCCCAAGUCUAUCCGUGAAGGAAACUCAUGUAACCUGUCUGGUAAUGAUUUUUCCACAACUUUGUCCAGGUUUUUGCAAAAAUAUACAAAUGAAUAGGUGCAUAUUUAGGUCUUUCUCAUGUAUUUCAGUAAUAUAUAUAUAUAUAUAUAUGUAUAUAUAUAUAUAUAUGGCUUUAUAUAUGUAUAUUAUUGAAAUAUAUUUGUGGUUUUAUAUAUAUUAUUGAAAUCAUGCAUAUUCAGGUCUUUUCAUGUAUUUCAGUUAUAUAUAUAUUUGUGGUUUUAUAUAUGUAUAUUAUUGAAAUAUAUUUGUGGUUUUAUAUAUAUAUAAACAUAUAUAUAAAUAUAUAUAUUUAUAUAUAUAUUAUUGAAAUACAUGCAUAUUUAGGUCUUUUCAUGUAUUUCAAUAAUAUAUAUAUUUGUUUAUAUAAUAAAAAUAAUAAUGAUAUAUAUUUGUGUGUGUGUGUGUGUGUGUAUAUAUAUAUAUAUAUAUAUAUAUGUAUAUAUAAAUAUAAAACCAUGAAUGUUGUUUGCUUUACGAACCAUCCAUGGUUCUGCUUUCCAUGGUUUCAGUUACUUGCAGGCUGGCAACUACAGUCCAGAAACACACGAUCCUUCUCCUGACAGAUCAUUAGAAGGUCAGUAGUUGCCCAAGGUUACAUGACAAUGCUGACAUCAUUUGCCUUAUUACAAGAAGAAGGAUGAGUACAGGAUAAUAAGGUAUUUUUAGAGACAGAGAGAGACCACAUUCCCUUAACUUCAGUGACAGUAUAUUGCGAUAAUUGUUCUAUUUUACUAUCGGUGAUUGUUGUUCGUCUCUUACUGUGCCUAACUUACAAGUUAAAAUUUGUCCUGGGUAUGUAUGCGUGGGAAAAAACAUAGCAUAUAGGGGGUUUCGUACUCUCUGCGGUUUCCGACAUCCACUGGGGGUCUUGGAACAUAUUCCCUAUGGAUGUUGGGGGGGGUUACUGUACAUGUAGGUCCAACUCAUUCUUUUUAAGUAUCUGCAUAGAAUUUGUGGUACAGUUGGGACCACAGGUGGUUCCGUCCUCUCUCUGUCAGGGCUUGUCCGGGGGCGUGUCCAUCUUCUUUCCUUGUUCUCGUGUAGGCAGUACUGUUUUAACUCUCUGGGCACAUCCUUACAUACGUGUGCGUCUAUUUCUUUAGACCGGACCGGCGGCAUUGGAUGUGUGCAACUUUUAUGUUUUAGCGGCUGUUAACGAAGGCCUUUUUUGAGAAUUCUGCUUUUGGAUCAGAAGUGUGUGCUAUCCUGGUAAAGGUGCAAAGUUUGCCGGAGAAAGGAUAGUCUUUUCAACAAAUGAUGCUAGGGCAAUUGGAUAUCUGCGUACAACCCCCCAACUUUGAUCCUGACAUCAUACAUCUGGUGUAUAGAAACUCACAGUUCAUCACAGGCCUAAAUGCAAAGCCUUAAAACUGGGAAGCUUGCAGACAAAGGCAGUAGAUCUUUGUAACUUUUUACGCAUCAGUAUAAACAUUCCUAAAAUCAAGGUAAUGAAUGGUCCAUCACAGCCCGAAGUUUCUUUGGACUGGGCAAAGAUUUCUUAGAACAAUAGCAAAAAAGUGAUCCAUAAGAGGAAAAUUUGAUUACAUUGGACUUCAUCAAAAUAAAACCUUUUGCUCUUUAAGCAAUAAAGACAAGAGAAUGACUAGAUGAGACACAGAGUGGGAGAAAAUACUUGCAAAUCUGUGGGAAAGGACUUGUGUCCGGGAUAUCAAGAUAGUGGAUAAGAUGAUAAACACCCCAAUUAAAAAAAAAAAAAAAGCAAACGAUGUGAACAAAGAAGUCGUAUGGGCAGGAAA